AUGUCUGGGCAGGCUAAGGCCAUCUGGGACCAUGAGGAUGCACCUUGCAUUCUGGGCAUAGUCUUGUCCUGCUCCAAGGAGUUACUUCGCAUUCGGCAGGUGUCCCCCCAGGAUUCGCCUGACUGGCACAGCAUUGGCCAUAACGAUAAGUGCCUCCAGAGGCACAGCUGGCGCCACAAGGUCUCCGCAUGGGAGGCUUUAGGCGACCGGACAUUUGAUCUUCCGGUUGAUGCCCCCAAAUCCCCUGACACUGUUGCGGUCGACCUUCCCUCCCCACCUGCCGUCACCGGCAGCAUUGCCAGCCCAUUGUCCAGCACUAUCGACAAGUCCUGGGAGAACCGUAAGGAUAAGGGUAAGGCUAAGGCGUUAGAUGCUGACCCAGAACCUGAGGCGGAUGGGAGUAGGAAGAGGAAAUUGCCCCUGAUUUUGGGACCCUCCUCCCAACCACUGAAAUCUGUGAUGAAGAGUCACAAGAGGGCAAAGUCAACUCAUGUUGUGAAGUCAGCUGAGUUUGUGGAGUCUGAGGACGAACAUGAGGACAAGCCAGCUGCGCAAGGAGGGCCGGUCAUCUUAGUUCAUCAUCUCACCUCAGUCUCACCCUGGAUCCCCAAGAAGAGUCCUUUUGGCCCUGCAAAGGUAAUUGCCGGAAGGCGUGCGGACAUCGCCAGGCAGACAGACUCAAUGUCCAACACCCCCGUGGUCACCCCGGUGGUGGCACCAACUGUCAUUGAUGGCCCUGCUGGAAGCCCUCCGGAGGUCGUUGAGCACUUGGACUCGACAUCCAAUACCCCCGCGGUCACCCUGGACAUGGCGCCAACUGUCAUUGAUACAGAUGACAUUCUCAUUCCCGGUCCGAACAACCCAUGCUGGGCUUGCAACAAUGCGGAGUUGCCCUGCACGACCCGGUUCGACAAGAGGACUGGGAAAGGCCUUCUCUCCUGUGUUUUCUGCAACACAAAGAAGUCAUGGGGUAAGUCGACCACCCGGAAGGCCAGGUCCUGGACACCUUCCAAAGCUCCAUCCACCUCCCAACCAAAGGCCUGGACCCACAGCCAAUCUCGUGGUGUAGCCGGAGCUACCAGUGCCAGUGCUGCUGGAACUGCCAGUGGGUCUGCUGUGACCACACCUAAGAUGCAUGGUUGCAGCAAGACAAUAACUGCUGUCAAGGCACCAGCCCCACCACCUACACCCUCACCUGCACCAGCUUCAAUUGCGUCUUCGAGUGGCCACAUGCCUCGUGCGGCUCUCGAUGUCCCCAUGCCAGACCUCCAUUCCAUGGCAAUCAGUAUUCACGAUAGUGCCAGACGCAUCAAGGCUCUCAAGGAUCUUGUUGCCAAGCAGGGCAGACAUAUCAAUACCCUCAGCAGGCUCCAUGAGAGCCUUCAAUGUGAAACCAUGGAACCCCAUCCCUCAUUUCCCCUUCCCACUACUCCAGCAAUUGCAAUGUAUUUGUUGCUUGAUCAAUCCAUCGCUGGAACAACGUCACCCUCCCAAUCCGCACUCCCUCCUCUCAUCAAUCUUUCGAUGGCAGUGAUGGAGCCCACACCCUCGAAAAUGGAGGAUCCCUCUGCCAUUGAGGGUCUUUCAUUUGAGCCAAGCCAAGUUCAACCAGCCCUGGACCCAUCACCUACUCCCCCAACUGCCGGAGCCAUUUUGGUGCCGGAUGAUCCAUGCAACCUUGUCCCGGAAUAUGAUUCUGCUGAUGAGAUGGAUGUUGAGGUGAAGGUUGAAGUUGAAGGUGGUGAUGAGGGUCAUCUGGGCGAGAAUGAAAUCAUUGAGUUCCGGGUAACUAAUACUGAUGUCCAGGUAACUAAUACCGACAUCCGGGUAACAUCCAUCGACAUCCGGGUAACUGAUAUUGAGUUCCGGGUAUUUCAUAAAUUGGACAAAUCACCAAGUACCAAGUUCCAAGUUCCGGGCAUUGAGUGCCAAGUACCGAGUUCCGAGUUCCAGGCAUCGAGUUCUGAGUUCCGGGCAUUGAGUGCCAAGUACCGAGUUCCAGGCACCAAGUUCUGGGCAUUGAGCACCGGAACUCGGAACUCAGAACUCAGUACUCGGUACUUGUUUCGUGUUUCGGUGCUCAAUGCCUGGAACUCGGUACCUGGAACUCAGUACUUGGCCCUCGAUGCCCGGAACUCGGAACUCAGUACUUGGCACUCAAUGCCUGGAACUCAGAACUCGAUGCCUGGAAUUCGGAACUCGAUGCCUGGAACUCGGAACUCGGUACUUGGUGAUUUGUCUGAUUUACAAAAUACCCGGAACUCGAUAUAA